UAAAAUAUUCCGCCGGAGAAAUUUUAGUCAAUCGUGUGUUGUGAACUAGAAAUAAAACCUAAAAAGAAAAAGUUUUUUCCUGCAAAACUGAGUGAAUUAAAGUGAUUCCGGCUCUUGCUGAGUUUUCGUCACAGCAAGUGAGAGUGAAGUGAAAAAGAUGUCUGCCACAACGAUUGCACGCUUGUCCGAGGAGCGCAAGGCCUGGCGUAAGGACCAUCCAUACGGGUUUGUUGCUCGCCCCGCCAAAAAUCCCGAUGGCACCCUCAACCUGAUGAUUUGGGAGUGCGCCAUUCCUGGAAAAAAGUCCACCCCCUGGGAGGGUGGCCUCUACAAACUUCGUAUGAUUUUCAAGGAUGACUAUCCGACCUCUCCGCCGAAAUGCAAAUUCGAGCCGCCACUCUUCCAUCCAAAUGUGUACCCGUCGGGCACUGUGUGCUUGUCGCUGCUUGACGAGAAGAAGGCUUGGCGCCCGUCCAUUACUAUUAAGCAAGUUCUUGUGGGCAUCCAGGAACUUCUGGACAACCCGAACGCCAAGGACCCGGCCCAAGCGGAGGCCUACACUGCAUAUACACAGAACCGCCAGCAGUACGAAAUGCGCUUGCGUGCCCAGGCCCACAUGAUGACACCUAUCGGAUAAUGUAAUCUACACACACACAAUCCACACAAGAGCGUAUAGAGGCAUGAAUAAAAUGAAUCAUGAUUCAUUAAA